ACGCGGAAGAAGGCGGACUGACUCUAGUUGGGAGUUGGUCGAAUACGGAAGCCGAGCCGAGCGGGACCAGAAGAAACACCGCGACCAUAACCAGCGCCGUCACUGGAGCGACCUGCACACGUUGAGGAAGAGUCGCUGAGUUGUUCUUUUUCGCUCACUUUUUGUUGUCACACUCACAUUCCGCCUGCUAGCUGCUAUCGGUUAGUUAGCCUGCUAGCUGCGAACGUCCAGAAUCACAAGACAAAGAUGACUGGAGUGAGCAGCAUCGAGGCCGUCAAGAAGAAGAUCCAAUAUCUUCAAAGGCAAGCUGAAGAAGCUGAAGAGCGAGCAGAAACACUCCAAAGACAACUACAGGAGGAGAAGAGGGCUCGUGAUGAGGCAGAGGCGGAAGUGGCGUCGCUCAGUCGCCGUCUUCAGAUGACGGAAGACAACCUGGACCAGACGCAGGAGCAGCUCACCUCCGCCGUCGGGAAGCUUGACACGCUGGAGAAGGUGGCCGACGAGAGCGAGAGAGGGAUUCGUGUGAUUGAAACUCGAGCGAUGAAGGAUGAGGAGAAGAUGGAACAUCUGACAGCUGAGCUCAAGCAAGCUCAAAUCAUCGCUGAGGAGGCUGACCGCAAAUAUGAGGAAGUGGCUCGUAAACUGGUGAUGGGGGAGGAGGAACUGGAGCGUGCCGAAGCCCGAGCGGAGUUAGCUGAGAGCAAAGGUCGCUCGCUGGAGGACGAGCUGAAGAGUCUGAUGGCCAAUUCGAAGAGCUUGGAGUCUCAGGCUGAGAAGUUCUGUGUGCUGGAGGAACGAAGCGAGCUGCAGAUCAGCACCCUCAGGAGUAAACUGAUGGAGGCUGAGAACAGGGCGGAGUCGGCAGAGCGCAAUGUGGCCAAGCUGGAGAGAACCGUUGACGAGCUGGAAGAAUUGGUGUUGGCCACCAAGACAGCCAACGUGGCGCUCAACACCGAACUCCACCAGACCCUUGAGGAUCUGUCCGCCUUCUGAACAUUCCAACUCAAACCGUCACAUUCCUUAAUUAGUGGGCUCAAUAAUCAGACGCUCGCUCAAUGAUUGCUUGCUUGUGUUGUGGGCGUGUGCUUGGAAGGGAACAGCCAAUCGUAUUUUUCUGCCAAACCAAAGGGGCCAAUUUGAAAGAUCAGACACGCCGACUCAUUCCGUGGCAUCUUGCAUUUUAUACUGUGACGAUGUCAUCACGUGACAUCAGAGCAUAAAGUCAAGGGGCCAGUCAGAAGCGCCUACCUGAACAAUAGUGUCACAUGGUCUUAUGCUGUGAUGUCAUAACAGCUUUUUGUUUCUAAAAUAAAAACACCAAGUUAAUUUG